AUGAGCGAAUUUGAAAUCAAACAAAACAUCAGCUUCUGCAAACAGGAGCAGCCACAAACGGCACGUGUGGCUUUGUGCCGUCGCUAUAAUAUUGUUGUGGAGAGUUUGUUCACCAGAGCAUUCGUGCGUCUCCAGGACCGUGUUGUAGAGACGCAGGAUCCCUGGAGCUUUUCCUCACGACAACACCGCUGUCUGUCUGGGAGGAACUUUGACUUUUGGAGUUUUCGCAGCUUGUACAGCGACUUCUGUGGGUGCACAUGGGAGAGAGGCGUUUGGGGUCGGAGUGAGGGAACCAUCGCACAGAGAGCCGAGGCCCUGCUGAUAUGA